AUGAACAUUGGCACCAGCAUGAACAUUGGCACAUUGCAAGCGAAACCUCUCUACCUCGGUCGUCGUCUGCUGGGCGAAGGAGGUUUCGGCAAAGUCUACGAAGUAGAGCGAGCUUCGGACAAGAAGCUUUUCGCUCUGAAGAUCGUCACGGUCAGCACCAAUGCCGAGCAACGAAAGAUUGCUGCUCAAGAAGCAGCACUUCACUCGAAACUGGCACACCGCAACGUCAUCGCUUUACUCGAAUAUUGGGAAAUCGAACGCUCAUUGCAUCUUCUUAUGGACCUGGGGACUUAUGGGGACCUAGAAAUGUAUCUGGCUCAGAGGAACAAGUCUACAUGGUCGAUUGGUCAGGACAACCAAGUGUCGGUGAUUCAUCGCGACUUGAAACCCUCCAAUGUCCUGAUCGACCACAAUUUCCGUGCAAAAAUCGCCGACUUUGGCUUGGCAAUCACGCCUGGCUUCAGAUCGCCAGAAAUGCUGAGAGGCGAAAAAUACGGCGUCAAAAGCGACUUGUGGUCUCUCGGAUGCCUUUUCUUUCAAAUUCUGACAGGAAACUUGGCCGCUCUCGCCGAUCUCAACCUUCCUGAGAAAAACGUGGUCAACAGUCUUCUUCAAGCUGUGCCAUUACAGAGGCUGUCCUCGGCCCAGCUACUUGCCAAUUCUGCUGUCAUAGAUUGGCUUGCAGACACGCCCCUUCGAUCUCCGAAGAAAGCUCGACUCGAGGUAGCACAAACGCAGUGCAGCGAGGCCGAGCAUAUGAUUCUUCAAGGACAUAAAAGGUCUUUGCAAGAUUGUAUUCUUUCGAGAGACCCCGAGGUGGAGAAAAAGUGA